UUUCACAGUGUGCAGGAGAGAAAGGGGGGGCUGUCAAUGACUGAAAGCCUCUCCAGACAGCUGUGAGCAGGCGGAGCGUUGGAAGAAUCCGUCUUCUCUGAUGCCUUGUCUCCUCGAUGCUGUAUCUCUGCCUCCAGGGCGAUCGGAAACCGCUCUCCUCCUCACCUCGGGGGUGUAUUUUAAACAAGUCGCUCGCAUUGCAACAAACGCAGGCGCCGACCUCCACUAGCCGAGGGCUGGAUUGAUAAUUGGUAGACCCAGGUCGAGGGAGGACUAUACCUUGAACGCCAUAUAAACAUGGGCACUGUGUUGUCCCUUUCCCCCGGUUCGCGGAGGUCUGCUCUAUUCGAGGACGCCCCAGACUCCAAGUCCAUGGGUUAUCAUGCCAUCCACAGCGAUAGCAACAGAGGCAGCGAGCAGAAGGGCUUGAAGCGCCACUCCAUGUUUAUCCCGGCUUUGACUUGGAAGCGCCUGGUGGCUUCCACCAAGAGGAAGGGCUCUCGCAAGCCCGACCCCAGCAACUACCAGCAGAAGAAGAAGGAGGUGGUGGACCUCAACACCGAGAACGUGAAGAAGUCCCUCUCCUGCGCCAAUCUCUCCAGCUACGAGCUCCAGCUGCCCGCCGACUCCCUGGCCUCCAAGAAGCUCUCGACCAUCAGGAAGAUCUCCUCUCACGGCGGCGGGAUUGGGGUUGGGGUUGGGUCCCCCAAGCGGGUGAUAGUGCAGGCUUCCACCAGCGAGUUGCUGAAGUGUCUGGGCGAGUUCCUCUGCCAGCGUUGUUACAGGGUCAAGCACUUGUCCCCCACCGACCCCGUCUUGUGGCUCCGCAGCGUGGACCGGUCCCUCCUGCUCCAAGGUUGGCAGGACCAAGCCUUCGUCACCCCGGCCAACGUGGUCUUCGUCUACCUGCUGUGCCGAGAUGUGAUCGACGGCGACCAGGUGGCCACCGAGCACGCCUUGCAGGCCACCCUCUUGACCUGCCUGUACCUGUCCUACUCUUACAUGGGCAACGAGAUCUCCUACCCGCUCAAGCCCUUCCUGGUGGAGAGCGCCAAGGAUGUCUUCUGGGACCGGUGCCUUCGCAUCAUCAACGCCAUGAGCGGCAAGAUGCUCCAAAUCAACGCCGACCCUCACUACUUCACCCAGGUCUUCGCCGACUUGAAGAACGAGGGGAGUCGCGAUGGCUUCAGCAGGGUUUCCAUAGCUCUCGACCGGUGACUGGCAGAGGAGGGAGAAGGACGAAGAGGGGAGACCAUCUCCUCAUUUGCCAGUGUGGUAACUCGCCAGGGGAAGAUAUUCUGGUGUCUUUAAAAACAAGUUGGCCAACGAGUUUAGCUGGAAACGAGAGGGGUUUGCUGGUGUCUUUUAAACAAGUUAGCCUGCCCCCCCCCUCUAUCCGCUUUGUACAGGAAGCUGUUGUGGUCUCUUUAACGUUGGCGUUCCAACACAUUGGGGACAAAAUGCUGGUGAGACCUUUUGCAAUAUUGGAGAUAUUGGGCACCAAAUGGUAGAGGUUGCAAUUGCAGUUUUGACAUUGGGAAUAUUGGGCACAAAAUUCUAGAGUAACAAUUGCAGUUCCUUGUGUCUGCAUUGGAGGUAUUGGGCAUCGAUGCUAGAGUAACAAUUGCAAUUAGUCUCGACAUUUUUGAAAAUUGGACACACAAUUCUGGAGUAACAAUUGCCAAUUCCUUGUGUCUGUAUUGGAGAUAUUUGGCACCAAAUGCUAGUAACAAUUGCAGUUUCUCAUCUUGACAUUGGGCAUAUUGGGCACACAAUUCUGGAGUAACAAUUGUCAAUUCCUUGUGUCUACAUUGGAGAUAUUGGGCACCAAAUGCUAGUAAUAAUUGCAGUUUCUCAUCUUGAUAUUGGGCACACAAUUCUGGAGUAACAAUUGCCAGUUCCUUGUGUCUACAUUGGAGAUAUUGGGCACCAAAUGCUAGUAACAAUUGCAGUUUCUCAUCUUGAUAUUGGGCACACAAUUCUGGAGUAACAAUUGCCAAUUCCUUGUAUCUACCUAAAAAAAAUGUUAAACAUUGUUUGUGAAGGGGAAAAUUAUUUUCCUUUUUCCUUUUUUUUUUGGUAUCUUGAGAAAGAGGUUGGACUGCAAAGAGUUAAAAAUGGGUAUCUAUCUGUGCAGUGCUGUCCCACCUUCUUGUAUGGGGACCCAUGGGUGUUUAUCUCUGCACUCUGUGGACCUGCCCCUUGUUUUUUUUAAACAGGUAGAAAGAAGAUGGCAUGUCUCAUCUCCAUUUUUGAAGAGAGGAUCAGUUAAUUUGAAUGGGAACAUUAAAAUGAUUGUACACAGUUAAUUGUAUUUUUUUUUAACAUGCAUGGAAAUUGCACAACAAGGCAUCCAAGGGAAAAAAAAAAGAUUAUUUUAAACCAUUUUCACUGGUGAUUGAAGGUUUUUUGGGUAAGUAUAAUAUUAUGGUAAUGCCAAUCUCUCUUUAAACGGCUCCACUCAGUAUUAAAGGGAUUUGUGGUCCUUCAUAGUUUUCUAAAAGCCUUUAAAUUAAGAAGGUGCUGUUUACGAUGAUCUGUCAAUACUUCAUGACGUGUGGGAUGGAACUGCAGAUGCUGGUUUAAAACGAAGAUAGACACAAAAUGCUGGAGUAACUCGGCAUUUGGGACGGGCAGCAUCUCUGGAGAGAAGGAACGGGUGACGUUUCGGGCCGGGAAAACGUCUGAAGAAGGGUCUUGACCCGAAAGGUCGCCCAUUUCCUUCUCUCCAGAGAUGCUGCCCAUCCCGCUGAGUUACUCCAGCAUUUUGUGUCAAUACUUCAAUGGGGUGACGGGCUGGCAGAGGUGACUUUCCCCACCUUCUGAUGAAUCUAGAGUGGACCUCUUCCUGCAGUUUGACUCUGGGUAGGGUGACACGAUAUCUUAGCAAAUGCACGCAAAAUGAAAUCUCUUCUUCAUUCUGAUUGUCACUUUCAAACUGCAGGGCAGGUAACUUUUGUCGCCCUAUUUCAAAUCACUGCAGCAAGUCCAAGAACCUUGUGUAGGAAGGAACUGCGGAUGCAGAUUUGUACUGAAGAUGGAACAAAAUACUGGGGUAAACCAUUCGGACAGGCAGCAUUCCUGGAGAGAAGGAAUGGGUGAUGUUUCCAUUCAUCAGAGAUGCUGCCUGUCCCACUGAGUUGCUUCAGCAUUUUGUGUCUAUCUUCAGCUGGAGAACCUUGUUCCUUCCUCCUCUCUAAUUUAUUAAGUGGUGGGGGGGGGGGGGAGAGAAGAGGACCCUCCCAUUUGUAAAUGUAAACUCCAACUUUAGGGUAGGGAAGAGUAUCUCAACCAAACUCAAUGCUGGGUGCUUGUAAAAGGCUCAUGUACCCGUUUUGGUUAUAGUGGACACCAAAUAUCUUUGGUGGAAACCUUCCCCAUGCCAUUAACAGAACCAAGUGCUAUGAUUCUAAAUCAAUGAACUAUACCUGCUGGUCAUAUCCUGCCCAAGUUUACACAAAUAAGCCUACAUGAAGCUGCUUCAGAGUUUUUUUUUUCUCUUUGGUCUACUCCAUGCUAUUGUUAUUAUUUCAUAGCGGGACUCCUGUGGGAUUGUUCAAAGAGUGGACCGGAGUUCCUGAUACAAAGCCAGCAAUGCACAUCUGCAUUUUAGCCAUGUCCCUGCUGUUGCCGUAGCUCCUACGGAGAAAUGGAUACCUCCAAGCCGUCAUGGGUGUUUAAGUUCUUUGGCUCUUGGUCAAAAGAGAACCCAUUAUUAGUUUUGGGGUUAAAACGGGGCUGGUGUAACUCAGCGAGUCAGGCAGCAUCUCUGGAGAAAGUGGGGUCGGCGAUGUUUUUGGGCUGGUUAGCCUCCAUGUUGUAUGAAUGGAUUUGAAUUUUGAAACCACCUACCUUGAAUGUGCCCGAUCUGGUUGACCACUGAGAGAUGUCCCCCAGAGGUGCUGCCUGACCCGUUGAGUUACUCCAGCACUUUGUGUCUUUUUUGUUUGUUGUUGGGGGUGGGGGGGACCCAGCAUUUGCAGUUCCCCGUGUCUCCUCCGUGGGUCUUGGGGGGUGGUCUGCACUCUUUUCUCAUGGUGGUAAUGAUAUGGCUGAGUAGGAUGGGAUGCAUGUUUGAAAGAGGAGUCUUUUCCGGUUUUGAAGAUGGAUGGACCCUCCAUCCGAUUCCAACAGGACACCUUCGGAGGCUUUGGAAAGGGGCAACUUGGGGUUUGCAGCGAAGAGGUUUACGCAUGUGGGAAAAAUAGAAGGGACACUACUUUUUACUUUGUAAGUGAGUCAACAUUACAGAACAACCUCUCUGGUCCCCUUUGACCUUUCAAUGAGAAGUCAAUUUGACCAAUGCUGCUAAUACAUUUUGGAAUAUGCUCUGUAAAUUUGACACUGCGAUGAAUGUGAGCAUUUGUAUUGGAAAGUUUUUAAAUAUAUAUAUUUAAACCAUUGUCAAUGUGAGCUGACUUGAUCAUCUUUCUCCAAUCGCUCGUGUUGCCUAGAUUGGAGAGUAAGUUAUUUGUCUGUGUUAUUUAAUGAUUUCCUCCUUAAUUUGUGAGACUGUAAUAUUGCAUGAACAAUUUGAAUAUCGAACCCUUCUACUUUUGAAUGCUCCCGUUUGAAGUGAUUGCCGGGGAUGUGAUUGUUUUAAAAAGUGCUUAUUGUCCUGGACUAUUGCUUCAUUUUCCGACAUGUUAUGUUAAGAAUGUGUGCGCAUCCACGAUGCUUAGCGCCUUGUAAACCAAAAAGAAAAUGCGUAGGUUUUUUUGUUUUUUUUUUUUCCCCAAUUCUUUAAAUAUGACUGGAAUUAAAAUGAGACAUUUGUACGCUGGGCUCCUGAAAUAAAAACCUGGAAUUUCAAAGCAAAUCUAUGACCAUCUGAAUGAGAAUAAGGUUACCCAUGUCUCGAUGGAUAAAGCCUUUGCAAAUCGCAAAGUGCUGGAAGAACUCGGCAGGUCGGGCAGCAUCUGUGAAAGGAAUGAAUGGAUGGAUGAUGUUUCGAGUAGCAAUCCUUCCUCCAGCAAUUGUGGUUAUUGCUGAAGGUCCCAGCAUCUGUUUUGCGGUGAAGGGGGAAAAAGGAUUGAAUAGGGAUCUGGAGGGGUAACUUUUUCCACACAAAGGGGUGGUGGGUGUAUGGAACGAGCUGCCGGAGGAGGUAGUUGAGGCUGGGACUAUCCCAACAUUUAACAGUCAAUGAAAGUAAGCAUGCAGGUACAGCAAGCAGUGAAGAAAGCUAAUGGCAUGCUGGCAUUUAUAACGAGAGGAGUUGAGUAUAGUAGCAAAGAAGUCCUUCUGCAGUUGUACAGAGCCCUAGUGAGACCAGACCUGGAAUAUCGUGUGCAGUUUUGGUCUCCAAAUUUUAGGAAGGACAUCCUUCCUAUUGAGGGUGUGCAGCGUAGGUUUACAAGGUUAAUUCCCGGGAUGGCGGGACUGUCAUAUGCUGAGAGAAUGGAGCAGCUGGGCUUGUAUACUCUGGGAUUUAAGAUGAUGAGAGGGGAUCUUAUUGAAACAUAUUAGAUCAUUAAGGGUUUGGACACGCUAGAGGCAGGAAACGAGUUCCUGAUGUUGGGGGAGUCCAGAACCAGGGGCCAUAGUUUAAGUAUAAGGGGUAAACCAUUUAGAACGGAGAAGAGGACACACUUUUUCUCACAGAGAGUUGUGAGUCUGUGGAAUUCUCUGCCUCCGAGGACGGUGGAGGCCGGUUCUCUGGAUACUUUCAAGAGAGAGCUAGAUAGGGCUCUUGAAGAUAGAGGAGUCGGGGGAUAUGGGGGGAAGGCAGGAAUGGGGUACUGAUUGGGGAUGAUCAGCCAUGAUCACAUUGAAUGGCGGUGCUGGCUCGAAGGGCCAAAUGGCUUAUUCCUGCCCCUAUUGUCUGUUAAGAAACAGUUGGACGGGUACCUGGAUAGAAUGGGUUUGGAGGGAUAUACGGGCCAAACGCAGGCAGGUGGGACAGGUGUAGAUGGGACAUGUUGGCCGGUGUGGGCAAGUUGGGCUGAAGGGCCAGUCACUCCAUCUGCAGUUCCUGAUGACUCUCAAUUUGCUCUCUUGUUUUCAAGUGCUACAUAUAUCCAGAGAUGUUUUUGUUUCAGUGGAAGUUAAGGGGAGUUAGUGCCAAAUUUGUGUUAUCGAAAACACGUGACAAUAAAUGAACGAAAGUAAACAAAACUUUUUAAAUGCACAACAUAGCAGCCGUGCCAGGAAUGCACAUAGUCUCUUGCCCAGAGUAAGGGUAUCGAGGAUCAGAGGGGUGAAAGGCUGGGCUCUGGUGGAGGAGGAGCCCCCAUCUCCACACGCUGGCAUUGAAACGCCCAACUCCAGUAUCAAGUCUGUUGAGCUUCACCCACGCUCCUCUGGGGAGCUCAGACCCUGGAUAACUUUUAUCUGGUGAAGAGAUGUGGCUGUGUAAUGGAGAUGAGGUUGCCUUCCACUCCUGUGACCACACGGUGGCUCUCCAGUGUGCUAUCAUCGGUGUAAACCAACAUCUGCAGUUCUGUUCUACAUGGUUCAGAACUUAGUUAUUUGGAGGUUGUAGUGUUUGAUAGCCUGCUGGCUGCAGGGAAGAAGCUGUUCCUCAACCUGGAUGUUGCACUGGAUGCAUUCAAAAGAGAGUUAGAUUGAGUUCUUGGGGCUAGCUAAAUCAAGGGAUAUGGGGAGAAGGCAGGAACUGGGUACUGAGUGUGGAUGAUCAGCCGUGAUCACAUUGAAUGGUGGUGCUGGCUUGAAGGGCUGAAUGGCCUACUCCUGCA